AUGGGGAUUAACGAAGGCGAUAAAAUAGCCAUAUUUGGAGACUACAAUCUACCUGGCAUACGGUGGAUAGCGACAAUCCCUCCGUAUUGUCACAUUGACAGCUCUGGUUCCUCUUUAUCCCGAUCAUGUACAAUCUUCUUAGAUGGCAUGUAUUCAUCUGGUUUUGAACAAAUCAAUAAUGGUAGAAACUACGCUGGCAAUACGCUCGAUCUUAUCCUUGUCAACCAAGCAUUAGAUGGUCUUUUCAUUUUGGAAGACAUCGUUGAUCCAUUGGUACCAGCCGAUCCGGCUCAUCCGCCUUUUUGUCUGCUUAUCAAAGACUGCUUUAAUUCUACUGUGAUUAUGAACCCUGACGACGAAUUAGACUUCGCUUCUUUCGAUUAUAAAAGGGCAAAUUACGAUGCUUUGAAUCAAAGAUUGGCAGAAAUUGAUUGGUCCACUGUAUGCCUAAGCACCAACGUGGACGAUAGCGUGGAAAAUUUCUCCCAAAUUCUCCAUCACGUGUUCGGCGAUUAUAUACCUUUGCAACGUCCAUCUGUGAAACCACCGUGGUCUAACAGUGAACUCAGAAACCUCAAGAGAAAGCGAAAUGCGGCUCAUCGUACAUAUCGGACCCUCCGAUCCUAUAAAAUCUGCAGUUAUCGUUACAAAUCGUUGAAUAACAAGCUCUAUCGUCGAUACGCAAGAAAAAUUGAACGCAAUCUGAAGCGCAACCCUAAGCAGUUCUGGAAUUUUGUUAAUUCCAAGCGAAAGGAUACUGGACUACCUUCUGCUAUGCAUCUGGAUCAUCGUGCUGCAAGGACAUGUGCUGAAAAAUGCUCGCUGUUUGCUGAAUUCUUCGCUUCGGUUUUCGACAGUCCACUAGCUACCAGUGAAUCAACGGCUGCACUGAGUUUCGUCCCGAGUGAGGUUAUAGACGCAGAUACAUUCACUAUCACUGCUGAAGACCUGCUGCUUGCACUGUCUAAAUUGAAAAUGUCAUUCCGACCAGGUCCGGAUGGAGUGCCUGCCAGUAUUCUUAAGAAAUGCUCGGCCAAUUUGAUAGCGCCUCUUCAACACAUUCUCAAUUUAUCGUUGCGACAAUCUUGCUUUCCCACUCUAUGGAAAAAAAUCAUUCAUGUUUCCGGUGCACAAAAAAAGAUGCUAAAGAUGACAUAA